UGGCCACGCCCUGCGCUCGCCCCGCCCGGGCCUCUCGGUGAUCAGCGCCCUCCGCCGUCCUCCGUCCUCUGGGGGAAAGGACACAUCCGCGGGGUCGCCGGCAGAGGCCGGAGCACCCGCCCUCUGGCUCGCUGUGCGCCCCUGGGGUCCGCGCCCCUGGACUGCGCGCCGCGCCAUGGCGAGUCGCCCCCGCCUCCUGCUGGAGAAUGCGCGGCAGGCGGUGCUGGUGAGCGCGCGCGGCGAGCGCUUCCUGGCCGGGGCCGCGGCGCGCGGGCUCGCGGUGCUCGAGGGCGUCAGCCUCGUGGUGGGCGCUGAUGGGUUUAUAGAAGCAAUUGGCCCUGCUGAUGUUAUCCAAAAACAAUUUUCUGAAGCAACUUUUGAAGAAAGAAUUGACUGCUCUGGAAAAUGUAUCCUACCAGGUCUGGUGGAUGCACACACACAUCCCGUGUGGGCUGGCGAAAGAGUCCACGAGUUUGUGAUGAAGUUGGCAGGAGCCACGUACAUGGACAUCCACCAGGCUGGAGGGGGGAUCAAUUUCACAGUGGAGCGCACCCGCCAGGCCUCGGAGGAGGAGCUGUUCCGCUCCUUGCAGCAGCGGCUGCAGUGCAUGCUGAGGGCCGGCACCACGCUGGUGGAGUGCAAGAGUGGCUACGGCCUCGCCCUGAAGGAGGAGCUCAAGAUGCUGCGAGUGAUUGAGCGUGCAAGGCGGGAGCUGCCAGUGGGGAUCUCGGCCACUUACUGCGGGGCUCAUGCGGUGCCCAGAGGAAAAACUGCCCUGGAAGCUGCUGAUGACAUCAUCAGUAACCACCUCCCAAAGCUGAAGGAACUUGGCAGAAAUGGGGAAAUGCACAUUGACAACAUAGACGUGUUCUGUGAGGAGGGCGUCUUUGACCUGGAUUCCACCAGAAGGAUUCUCCAGAGUGGAAAAGAGAUGGGGCUGCAGAUUAACUUCCACGGUGACGAGCUGCAUCCCAUGAGGGCCGCCGAGCUUGGGGCAGAGCUGGGAGCCCGUGCAGUCAGCCACCUGGAGGAGGUAAGCGAUGCAGGCAUCACUGCCAUGGCCGCGGCAGGCUGCUGCGCCGUCCUGCUGCCCACCACGGCCUACAUGCUGAGGCUGAAGCAGCCACGUGCCAGGAAGAUGCUGGAUGAAGGGGUGAUAGUAGCACUGGGGAGCGAUUUCAACCCUAAUGCGUACUGCUUUUCGAUGCCGAUGGUCAUGCACCUGGCCUGUGUGAACAUGAGAAUGUCCAUGCCUGAGGCCUUGGCUGCCGCCACCAUCAACGCAGCUUACGCGCUGGGGAAAUCCCACACACACGGGUCUCUGGAAGUCGGCAAACAGGGGGAUUUUAUUGUCAUCAAUGCCUCCAGAUGGGAGCAUUUGAUUUACCAGUUUGGAGGCCAUCAUGAAUUAAUUGAAUAUGUUAUAGUUAAAGGAAAAGUCAUCUAUAAAAAAUGAUAGAACUGGAAGUAAAGAGAAGAAAUGUCCACUGUACCAAAUAAGUCAAUACAACUCUUAAGCCUUCUGAGGUGUUUUAAAUAAGUUAAAAUUCUUUAGUGGUUUACCAGAACUGUGACAUUUUCAAUACAUUUCAAUUAUGUUCUUAAUUCUCUUAACAUGCUCAAGUGGCUGAUUUAGUUGAAUUGGCAUUCGGACAGGAACAUAUAUACAAAUACGACGUUCUUGUCAAAUCACUAACUUGUUUCACAAUGAAUGUUUACAAAAUGUCCUGAAGAUGAAUGUGAUGUGGAAUCACAGAAAUGCCUUGGCGGAUAAACCAGAUUUGACUUGAAAUUUCCUUUUUGUUUUCACAUCUCAAUUAUUAAUUUUUAAGCAAUAUUUAGUGACUAUUAGGGAAUGGAAGGAAAUCUGGAUGAUGGGCCCUAAAUUAAGCUUUUUCUAAUAAGUAAACUGUAUU